AUGAAGCCAAGACCCCGCCCUGGCAAGCCAAUUUCGAAGACGGUGGAGAUGCUCCGCUCCAACGAGCAGCUCAAGCGUGCUGGCAAGGGCAAGGAGAAGGCUGUGUUACGAGGCUUGAGCGACGUUGUGCAGGCUCUCGAGGUGGCCGCUCUUCAGACGGCCGCCAAGGUAGCAGCCAACACUUCCCGCGCUUUCCAGUCGCUCCCACGGCAUUUGAGGAGGAGGGCCGCCAGUCACAAUCCACGGCGCGUGCCAAAGUACUUGAAGGAGAGGGCGGCUGCAGAGAGACGAAAGGCCAAGCUUCGCGCUCGCGGCAACUCCAAGGGUCAAAGCAGGACCCAACAGCUGCGUCUUCGGCAACGCGGAAAGGCUUGGCUGGCAACGCACAUGUUUCAUGCGAAACGCUUCCACAUGACCAACGUGUGGGGGUACCGCCUCCCUCAAACCCCGACACUCAAAUCAUUCCGCUCUUCCUAUCGCGCGGCCCGCCGCCGAGUGUGCCUCCGGGAUACGAGCUAUUUCGGCGUGAUUGAGCUCGAGGCGGCCCGUGAGUCGGUCGUUUGUGCUGCAGCUGAACGUGUCAGGUUUGAGGACGGGUCUCGUUCAGCUCAUGUCAACGUUUACGGGCGAGGUCAGUUUCCUCGUGGUCUGAUCGGGCCAGCAGAGCUGCUCUGGGUACCGUCAGAGACUGCCCCAGCCGCGGUCUGGAUCCGCGUUCACCCCUCCAUCUUCCGGGAAACCUGGGACGCUCUGGCCAGUCCGUCUGUCCGACUGAGGGAUCUGCGCACAGAGCUAGAGUCUUUUGAUCUGAUGGGUCCUUUGUCCGGGAGCACCAUCCUGCGGUCGCUUCCCUUCAGUCCAUCUGAGCCGGAAGAGAACCGCCAGGCAAUCAUUGAUGCUCUCACGUGCGAUGCUGCUGCGCUUCCAGACGGUCUGACGCUCAACUUCACCGCUGUCGACCCCCGUUUAUCGGCGUGCCGCCUUCAGCUAUCAAAGCCUGCUUUCAAGAAGGCUGAGCUCGACGAGCGACGACGUCAGUCCGGGCUUCCGGGGAAGAGGUUGGCGCCUACCGACAAGGAUGACUACAUUCCAAUUAUGAUCAUUAAGCGGCAGGUGGGAACGAACGAGGAGCGUAAUGCCAUGUUUCACGGAUUCUCGAUCGUCUUCCCGAAAGGCUGGUCCAUGGCGCUGCUUCCCUCUUUCGCCUAUUGCGGGGCCAAGCUCACGGGUAUCUUUGAAGCGCAGGUCCAACAUCGUGAAGCGGGCGUUCCGUCCUUUCCAGAGCACUAUGGUGCUGUGUGCCAAGCUGCUACAGAGUACGAAGACGCGCAGGCCAAGGACGCGGAGCGACGGUGGAUCCGCAAACCCCCCGGUAAGCGCAUCGAUUUCACUGCUUUGAAUGUGGAUCAUCCUUUCAAGCCAGACUGGAACGCGAUCGUUCGCCGUCUGUCGCGUUCGAAUGAUCCUGCUGCCUCUCUGCUGUCCGCGCUCAACACGAUCCGCAACCGUAGGGGUAUGGACCCCGUCCCAGAGGAGAGCGCGGCAUCCCUUUUCCAGACGUGUGUGUGCCACAUGGAAGUCGAUGUCCUGGGACGUGGUUCCCCUUUGGACAUGGCUAUGAUAUACAAGGUUGGCGCAGAGCAGAUUAUUGCGGCCCCCAUCGCCCAGUUGGUUCGCCGGCGCUCCUUUCCAAAAUCUGCCAGCUCGACGGGAUUCGUCACUCCCAUCAAGCUAGCCUUGACGGCGGGUGUGCAGCGCCUAGACCUGUCACGAGAUCCUCGUGAGGUGUGGGCGCGUGUGCGAUCAUGGCAGGCGACGCCAGCGCGCCUCGCUCAGCUGGGCAUCAUGCUAGCGGUUUGGAUCUAUGCGAUAUGGAUCAUGACUACGCCGACGUUCCUGUGGUCGUUGCUGAUUCCGGCCGUCUUCAUCCUGGCCUGCUCGUUCCCAAUCACCAACCAGCUGAUCUGGCCUGCGGCUCCUAUCUUUACCUGGGUGCUUCUCUUCUUCUCGGCUCGCUACAUUCCGACAGAUUCGCGGCCUGCCAUCCACGUCGCGCUCCUGCCAGCGCUCGAGUCGGUUCUCUACGGUGCCAACAUUUCCGAUCUACAGACCCGUUUGACCCACCCCCUCUUGGACGUCCUCGCCUGGCUCCCGUACGGCGUUCUUCAUUUUGCGCUCCCCUUUGUCGUUGCGGUUCUGCUGUGGCUGUUUGGACCAAAGGGAUCCGUUCAAUACUGGGGCAAGGCCUUUGGCUUUAUGAACCUGUUCGGUGUCAUUACUCAAAUCCCAGGGUACGAGAUUAUCCACGGCUUAACGCCUGCCGACUAUGCGAUGAAGGGCUCACCGGGAGGUCUCUUGCGUAUUGACCGCGUGUUCCACUCCUCUGGAUACACCAACGCCUUUGGGUCGGCGCCUCUGGUCUUUGGCGCCUUUCCCUCGCUCCACUCUGGAAGCGCUGUCAUGGAGGCGCUGUUCCUCGCGCACUUUUUCCCUUUCCUGAAGCCAGUGUACUGGACCUAUGUCGGCAUCCUGUGGUGGGCCACCAUGUAUCUGUCGCACCACUACCUGGUCGACCUCACGGGUGGCGCCUGUCUCAGCGUCCUCGUCUUUUACCUGUUCAUGCCCGCCGAGUUCAAGGACAGCGACAACAUCAAGUGGCCUAACAGCGCCGAGUACGAGAUGCUCAACAACGGCGGCGGCGGUGCAAACGAUGUUGAUUUCGACGAGGAGAUUCGCCGCCUCGAGGAGAGCGAGGGUAUCCCUCCCGGAGACGAGGAGAGCCGGAUCGAGGUUCCCGAGAGCAAUCUCGGCCCGCCCUCCGGAGCGCCGAGAACCAAGCGCUCGGUGAGCUGGGGUGAGACCCAGGUACUGGGCGAGGAGCGCCCAGAGUAG